AUGCAGCAGGAGGAAAAUGACGAAAGAUCUGACGAAUUGACAGCCAUAUCGAGCAUCUACGAAGACGACGUGUUCCUGCCUUCCGAAGAUGAUUACGGUGGACAGUUUGUCGCAAAAUUAAAACUGCCCCAACCUUUUAUGAUCCACUUUCAAGGCUGUGAUGACCUGGAAUUGGCUACUACAUUGUCCGAACCCCCAGGCAAGUUUCACCAAAUUCGACACCUACCCCCGAUCGUCAUGAAUUUCCAACUACCCGAGAGUUACCCGUCCAUUAGUGCCCCUCUAUUUACCCUCUCUUGUAAAUGGCUUUCUCGGUCGCAGCUUGAUGUUCUUUGUAAAAGGCUCGACCAGUUGUGGGAAGAGAAUGCUGAUUAUUUGAAGGUAUUGAAUCGGACCCCAACUUUGACUCCGAGGACGAAACUGAUGAUGAAGAUUAUUAAAAUUCGUCUCCUUUCAGUGGAUAAAAUUAAAACAAAAAGAUUGCUGAAUCAUAAUUGA